AUGGCUCAUUGUUGUCAAGUGAAAUGCCCUCGACCCCGGUGUGGGCGGGGUCCUGACUGUUUUCUUAGGUAGCCCGUUAAAAUGCCCGAACUCAAAACACUUCUUUUUCCAAGAUGGCGUCGAUGAAGGACAGCGACACCGGCCUGUGGCUUCAUAACAAAUUGGGAUCCACGGACGAGCUGUGGACGCCUCCAAGCAUCGCCUCUCUCCUCACCGUGUCAGUAAUUGACAACAUACGGCUGUGUUUCUCGAGCUUAUCGCCCCCGGUGAAGCUCAAACUCCUGCUCGGGAUGCUGCAUCUUCCCAGGCGAACCGUUGACGAGAUGAAGGAGGCGCUGUCGGAGAUAAUCCAGCUGGCUACGGUGGAUUCAGAGCCCUGGGUGCUGAUGGUUGCAGACAUCCUCAAGUCCUUCCCAGAGACUGGCUCUCUCAAUCUGGACUUGGAGGAGCAGAAUCCAAAUGUGCAGGAUAUUCUUGGAGAGCUCAGGGAGAAAGUGAGCGAGUGUGAGGCGCCUGCCAUGCUUCCUCUGGAGUGCCAGUACCUGAACAAGAGUGCGUUAACCACUCUGGUGGGACCCCUCACACCCCCCGUCAAACAUUUCCAGCUGAAGAGGAAGCCUAAAAGUGCAACCCUCAGGGCAGAGCUGCUACAGAAAUCCACAGAGACAGCCCAGCAGCUAAAAAAGACAGCCGGAGUGCCUUUUCACGCCAAAGGGAGAGGAUUGGUCAAAAAGAUUGACACUACAACUCCUCUCAAGGGGAUUCCCAAGGCCCCUUUCCGCAGUCCCACUGCUCCCAGUAUGUUCAGCCCUCCCAGUAACCGCACACCUAUUGCCCCUGCACGGACGCCCCUGCGUAAGGAGAGAGGGGUCAAGCUGUUAGAUAUUUCAGAGCUGGAUAUGGUCGGAGCUGGGAGAGAAGCAAAGAGGAGAAGAAAGACUUUGGAAACGGAGGCCGGAGAGAAAGCAGCCAAAGAAGAAGCAGCCGUGGUGGAAAACACCACACCCGACUACGCUGCCGGCCUCGUCUCUGCACAGAAACUGGGGGCAUUGAACGAGAAUCCUCUGCCGUCUACCAGCUACCUACCGGCCACACCCAGCAUGGUCCCCUCCUCCUCUUACAUUCCCAGCUCCGAGGCCCAGCCAGCAAAUGCUGGUGGUUCAGGACGGGACACGCUGCAGUCGGCUCGCCAACCAGAGGAGUCAGCAACAGCGGGCGCUGGCGCCACCGCCACUGCCACCUUACCAGGUCAGUACAAACAGAGGACGCCUAUGUACAACGCGAGCAACACGGCGAAUCCCGCAACCCCAACGUCCCCCAGCACGCCAGUCUCCACCCCCGCCAGCAACGGGCCCCCAGCGGCUGCGACUGCCAGCCAGCCAGAGACCCCCACCCAGCCUCCGAGCACACCGCAGACCCCCACCCCAACACCAACCCCUACGCCACCUCAGCCACAGCCCAAAAAGAACCUGUCACUCACGAGAGACCAGAUGUACGCUGCCCAGGAGAUGUUCAAGACGGCCAACAAGGUCACCAGACCAGAGAAGGCCCUCAUCCUGGGCUUCAUGGCUGGAUCCAGAGAGAACCCGUGCCCGGAGCAGGGGGACAUCAUCCAGAUCAAGCUGAGCGAACACACAGAGGUUCUGCCCAAAGCCGACGGCACCGGCAGCACCACCAUGCUGGUGGACACAGUCUUCGAAAUGAACUACUCCACAGGACAGUGGACCCGCCUCAAGAAAUACAAACCCAUCACCAAUACCUCCUGAGGAGCUUCACGUCCUCAAAAAAAAACACAUCCAAAAUUUCUUAUCCACUUAAAAAAAGAAAAUGUUUACACACGUACAAGUAUUUGCAUACACAUUUGGGCCAAAUCAAGCACUGGGCGGGUGAGAGGUCGUCAAGGAGAGAAAGGUCCU